GGGGUAUUUUGACCCAUACCUACAAACUUACACUGUCAAAGUCGCGGUACUAGAGCUUCCAUGAAAAUGCAUGAUCUUUAUUUUUUUGGAAAAAUUACAUGUAACAGGAUUUGUACAUAUACCUGUACCCCAUAUCUAGUGAGUAGUGUGGCUAUUCAUCUUAAGGAAAUGCAUGUUGGGUGAACUUGUGAAACUGAAAAUAGUCGAUAAUCUGUACGGAAAUUUUACAACGGAUUCAUAAUUGUGUAUAUCAGUUCACCUGACUCCCGGUGACAUGUGAUUUGGCCAUGGGCGUCUAACCAAUAUAAGCGAAUUCACAGGUAACUAACCACACAGACCAAGGUGAUCCCUACGUAGGCGAUCUACGUGUGCUGAGUAACAUAUGGGGUUAUAGGUUUGGGACUACAAUAAGUACACACGAAUAUUGAAUUAGUGUGUAAUAUCAUGUUCUGACCGGAGAGCAAACAACAUUGAUUAACAUCGACUGGACAGACGGUUUGCCAAUAGAGUGAAGUGAUAUUGUCCUACUGUCGACACCGAGCGGUAAUAAAUACAUUUUUACAUGUAUGCACCGUAUGUAUUUCAGUUUGUCUAGAUAUCGUAUGUACAUAUAUAGCCAGUGCGAUUUAUAUUUAUCACAACGUAGCUUGUAAAGGCAACCACUCAACUAUAGCAUAAUCGACGGGAGUCUAUCGUAUAAGCCAUGUAGUUCGUAAUACAUGGGCCAUUUUGAUUAUUGGGACGUUCAGAAUGGAGCCUCGGCGGUUUAUUAGUGAAAUCCUGUGACAUGGCAAGGGAGGAUGGGACCCUUCAGUUGUAUGACGUCAGUGUUGGGGGAAAGCCGAUGGACUAUUCCCCCGCACACAUGCAUAGCCAAGAGGAGUAUGAAAAGUCUCGAGAAAUCACGCAAUUCCCGGACACGUUCCCGUGCGGGCACGUGCUUUGUCACCAAUGCGUGCGCCGGUACGUUGCGCGAUAUCCUCUGUCGGCAUGGUGCUGCCCUCUGUGUGAUCGGGAAUUAUUCCACAACAACAAUCAGGGGGAGACAACCGUUGUACCGGAUACGGAAAAUGAAGAAGAAGCUCUUCUUGUGAAUUUGGAUGAAAUAGUGAAAAAAUUCAACGGUAUAAAUCAUUCCAUUCGUCGGAUAAGGACAGAGGAAGUUCAAACUCGAAGCGUCGGGGUCACGUACAGCGCAUGUCCGUGUGACAUGUGUGGCCACGAUCAUGGUAAACUCAGCGUUAUACAGGAAUACAGUGAUCUCAGAGUCGAACACAAUCGACCAUCAAUAUCCGAUAGACGCUUUUGUCGCCUUGCGAACAGUACAGUCGUGACAACUUUCCACAGCAAGAUCAACUCCGCAUGCGUGUGCGUGCCAUGCACGUUCCGCGAAAUCCAAGACCAUCCCGAUCAGUAUUACGCCCUCACGGAGUGGUCGAACCACAAUGAGGAGAACACAAAUGAUUCAAAUUAUGCCCUUGCGGAAGUGGGCAAGUUACUAACUCGGCGCAUCACGCCCGUAAAGGCCCUCCAGGGCAAAAACAUGAUUGAAAUCGAACACAAUAUCCGUAUCAGCGAGAGAGGCGAUUUAUUCGACUUCCGGGACACUUCGGAACAGAUUAAACGAACGAUUGGAUCACAGGAGAAAAACUUGGUGAAGAUUGCCCGGAAACGGAUAGAGGACACUGGUCAUUUGUAUCACGUCCAGGAAAGUAAUACUGUAGAUUACAGUGCCGGGGAAACGGUCGUGUAAGGGUCGCCCUUACCGGGAUGAGUCCGAGGGAAAGUAUGUGGUGAGAGAGCUUUUCUUAUACUAUAACGAGGUUGAUGAAAUGUGGCGAAACCAGAAUGGAUUACUGCUGAUUCCGACAAAGUUACUUUGAAUUUCCACAGGAUAUGUUUUUUUGUGGUUCUGAUGCAUUAUGGGAUUUACGUUUUUGUUUUUUUUCAUUGUCCGUUUAUUGUUUCUUUGUGUCUACAACGUUUUACAAGUGUUUUUCUUUAAUUCUGCAGACUCAUGCAAAACAUUUGCAUAACAUCUCCUUGCACAUAGUUUAUGACUGAAAAGUCAUGAUCAGCGAAACUAAAAUCGGUCUGUCACCGGACAAAGAAAGUUCCGGAAAAUUGUUAACGUGAAAGUCCAGUGAUUGCAGUGUUAUAUAAUGUAUGAAUCUCGAAUAAAAUGUUGUUUGAAUUUACAAUUCACAAACACAAAUGAAUGUUUCUACAGAAAAGGUGCUAAAUACACACUUGCCGAUAUGACGCAGGUUCGUGAACUGAUUCGUUUUGGAUUAUUUAUUACUUGUGUACAGUAACACGGUUCGGUUAAUGGAUUAAACAGUGGUGCUAUGACAUACAUGUAAAUUUGACGUUUGGUGGCAUGAAGGUUGGUAUACUUGAUACCUACAGAUUGUACAUUCAUCUUAAAUUACACUAAGAUUUAUCGCUUUUUAUCCCUCUUUUUUUUUUGCAAUUGCUCACUAGAUGUUACAAGUCACGCGAUAUGAGUAAAAAUUCCCUUAAUCCGGACAAAAUUCAGUCUAUUGAAUGAAUUCCGGAAUAGCGAAAUUUUACUAAUAUUUUUUAUAAAAACAUAAGUUUUAAGAUAUGUCUUUUUUUCUUCAAUGUAAACUUUCAGUAUUCUAUUUUUCGGAUGAAGGAUUUUCGGAUAAAUGAAAUUCACAGUAAACACUUCAAUUCGAUAAAAGGAUAUCUCUGUUGAAAUCAAAAUACACUGUAGUUGAAUUGCGUAGACGGCUGUUAUAAGCUAAAUCAAUACUUGGCUAUUUCCAUGUCGAUGUGAGUAAUUUCGUUUUAUCCUCAACCGAAUAAAAACCAAAUUUUUUAUUUAUUUAUUUAUUUUUUUUCAGUGAAAUUCAAUAAAGUUCAUUAGCUGAAACUCAAUAUAUGGAUCCGAAGUCAGUUAGUAGUAAGGCCCAUUGGUACUUUUAAAAAAAUGUUUUAGAUUAACUAAGAAUUUGAGAUUAUUCUUACGUUAAUAUCCAUGUUAUGAAAUACCGUCAGCCUAUUUUUUAUGCAAUCUGAAAAUCUAGGGUCUUUAAUAUAUUUUUUUUCUCCUUUAGAUGUCUCACUGAUUAUAACGCCGAGCUUAGUAUUUAUGAAUCGUUGAUCCGAUAAAAUACAAUAUGCAUUGUUUUGUUGUGUAAUAUAUGUCACCCGAUUGUGUCAAGUCCCGACAAGGUAACGAGACAUAAGUUACCAUUGUGUUGUUUGACUGACGGGUAUGUUAUGGAAAACACUCUUAUGGGUUUGUUUAUGUACGGAAGCCGCGAGGAGACAGCGGUGUAACGGCAUUCCCUAAAUCAGGAAGGAUUGUAGUGAAUACUAAACGUUUUGUAUGUUAUUACUGAAGACUAGAUUGAAUAUUUCAAAACUGAUACCAUGAUUAAGGGAUUGUGUCUUGAAAUCCAUGCUACAAUGUAUCUUAGUCACAGGUAUUGGUCAUAGAAUAGAUGUUCUCAAAAGGAACAAUAACAAUUGUUUAUUCUCAUAAACAGUACAAUACAGUACAAACAAAUGGAUAACAAUAAUACAUGGUAAAAACAGGAGGGACUCCGGAUGGGCUACCAGUAUUCGAUCGUUAAUAACUUUUUGCUCUUUUCAAUACGUAUUUUUUCUCUUUUUAUUCAUUCAUUUAUUUAAUAUUCAUUUCAGUUCUCUGAUUUCAUUCCUCAACAAAUAUACAUAAAUGUCUACCCUUCUCAAAAUGUAGGCUUUUCAUUCCUAAUAUAGACAAUAUCACAUAAUUUCCCCCCUCUACAUGUUGAGAAAUCAAGGAGGGACGUCAUUUUGAAAUAAAAGGUAAAAAAAAAUUUUUUUAUAUUUUUAUAACGGUGUUUAUUACAAUUAAUAAACACCUUUUUACCAUAAUUACCUUUUUACCAGUAAAAUAUCGAAAAUUAUCCAUUCUGUAAAGAAAAAUAACACUUUUUUUUCUGGUAUUUUCACUUGUGAAAAAUAUCACUUUUUUCUGAUUGGACCAAUCAAAACCCCGCUUACAAAUGACAAUGGGGGAACGAACUUAAACGCUGACCCAGUAGAUUUUGCUAUGAAAAUAUAAUAAACAGAAUAUCUAACCGUAUCUUCAGUUAUACCAAAUAUAUUUCACGAAUGGGGCUAAUAUUUUGAUAUUUUCCUCUUGUGUAAGGCCUUAUGAGAUAUCUUCUAUAUAUUUCAAAAUGAUCGAAUACAUACUGCACAUCAAAUAUGCUGUGACCUUUACCUGUGACUUGGAUACGUCUUUUUAUUUCAACUUACGAAUGUAGUCAAAUAACAUUACCUUAGCUUGUUUGCUUGCACUUUGUCAAAUUUGCAUACACAAAUAUAAGUUUGUUCUUUUUUACGAAUUGCCAUUGCUAGAUACGCAUCCCUCGGUUUUGUUUGUGGAGCAUAAUAGUCGAGAAGUUGAGAUAUUUUAAAUGAAUUGAUGUGACUGAGUUUCUUUAAAAUGAUCAAGCUUUUUGUUACUUGUCUCUGUGAUUUGCAAUGAUCUAUUGCCUAACUAAUUUAUGCAAUAAACACCUUUUUACAAUCUAAA